GAGAGAGAGAGAGAGAGAGAAAUUAAGUUAGUGCAAUUAUAUGUUCUAACCUACAAAUAUGUCGGACACAGAGCUCUUUUUUUAAGAAGAUAUUAGCAUUGAUCGAGAGCUAAUUGCUGUGGUUCGAGCAAAUCGGUUUUUAUACGACAAGACUGAAAAGUUGUAUGCCAAUGGAGACGUAAAAACCGAAGCAUGGAAGCAGGUUGGCGCGAGCCUAACUAAUCCAAUAGAAGGUAAGUUUAUUUUUGUUACUUGGAAAUGUUAAUAUGGUUUUAUAGCGAUUUGUUGUUAUAGGUUGCUUUCCAAUAAGACACAAGUCGACACAAACAUCAUUCUAUUUUUGUUUCACAUUUAGUGAGAACAAAAAUAGGAUGAUACUUGUGUUGACUUGUGUCUCUUGUUAGAAAGCAAUCAUAAUAUAGACAAUGAAUGAGGUGUAUCAAUAAAGGAUAUGUUAGGCAAGAUGUAGGUUACGUUGUAACUUUGGUAUACUAUAAAAAGAUAAUAUAACACCUGAUAAUUUGCAUUUUACUGCAAUGAAAUUUAAUAUAUUUGUCAGGUCCUGCUGCCGAGAAGAGAUUUUAUGUUCUGAGACAGCGCUUUGGGAAAGAGCGGAGAAAAAUGGUGCAGUCCAUGCCAAGAUCUGGAGCUGGAGCAGACCAGUUUACAUACAAAUCAAUGUGGCCAUUAUACAAGGACCUCAUAUUCUUGGAGGAUAUUAUCAAACCUAGAAAAACCUCAUCCAACUACAAGUCCAAAGUUGUUGUAAAUAGUGAAGCGUCAGUAUGUCGUACAACUACCUCAUUACCAUUUACAUCUGCUCCUUCUGAUGGUCAUAUGACAGUGCACACGAUUUAUCCUUUCUCUUCUCAGUCUGCUGCAGCAAGUUCAGACAUGUCCAGUUGGAAUUCAGAUUCAUUAACAAAUCUUAUAGGUACUGACAAGAGUUUCACAGAUACAUCUGAAAACUCCUUUUUGCCACUUCCUACAUCAUCUCCUUCAACAUCACCUUCAGUUAGAUCAGACUUUGGAAGUAAUAAUACAGUUGUACAGGCGCAAAAAGCUAUAUCCAGCAUUAAUACUAAGCGCAAAGUGCCCACACCUGAUUCAUUUGCGAACAAAAAACGGCAAGAAGUAGAUACUAUCAAUAAGACUUUAAUCGAACAGAGUAAAGGAUUGACAGACCUUGCAGCAAAGAUUGGUAAAGCAAUAACGGUUCCACCACCAAAUGUUCCGCCAGCAAUAGUCAGUGAUGCAUUUUCUGAUAUUAAGCCCAUGCUGAGUGCCAUAGGAUUUGCACUAGGAGUAGUACCUAAGAAUGUUCAACUUGAAUGUCUCAUAGGUAUAUUACAAUAUAUAAAUGAUUUACUGUUUUUUAUUUUACUGUUCUUUCCAUUCUUCAAUAUUUAGCUACUACAAAUGUACCAAUGCUUGGACAUGUACUUAAUUCCGUUCUUAUUAUUUUGAAUAUUUCUCUAAAUAUUUCAUCGUUCAAUGUACAUUAAAUAUAAAUAUUAAAUGUAUGUAUACCAAUAUGUAUGUAUUGUACGUUGAAAGUUGAAAUAUUCAUAUUCAAAUAUAAAAAUAAUAACAAUGUCCGGAGAUGGGUACAUAUCCGGGCAUUGAUACAUUUACC